CUCUCCAAUGCGAGGGGACCGACCGACACGCCACCAUCCUGCAUCUAUUCCUAGGCUUGUGCUCAACAUCUCUCUCGUUCUCCCUCCCCGCAAGCACGCAGCCGACCAUGGACCCACUGGCGCAGGACGUCAACCAAGGCUGGGCAUCAGAAGCUCCAGCACCCAUAUCGCCUCCCAUCUCCUCCCCUUCCCGCGCCCCCCAGGCUUCACCAUCCACCUUCAUACGCGAUCCCCAGGUCUACGGCGACCCAGGUCAGGCCCUCAUGAGCCCCUCCGCCGAGCUCAGCAAGAAGGAGAAGCCCCCUCCCUACCUCCGUGUCCGCAUCGCCGCUCUUGAACGAAACCGGAAAGAUCUUCUCAUUCGCUUCGAUGCCAGCACCAACCUUCCCAACUUUCGCACGUCGCUGUAUCGCAACAUGCAGCGAUCGUACGUCGAGUUUCAACGCUUUGCAGAGCAGCUCCAGCUCUGUUGUCCACAAACGAUCAUCCCUGCCCUCCCUCUUCCCCACACGUCGGCGGCAACAGACGAGGAAGACGACCGUCUUGUGAGGAUAGUCCUCCAGCGCUGGUUCAGUCGCGUUGCAGACGACCCUCAGCUGCAGAAGGAGGACGAGCUGCGUAGCUUCAUCGAGUCCGACUUUGGGUACAAUCCAAUUCCACCGCCGUCAGCGCGGAAGCAGACGACAGGCGCAGCGGCAACUUCGGUGCUUACCGCCGCACUGUCCAAGGUAGUGCGGCGGGGUCCAUUGGACGAGGAUGAUGAGAUUAUGAGUGCCCGUACGACGCUGGAGCGUCUCGAGCCUGCGUGGGUGGCUGCAGCCGGCAGCGUCGGCAAUCUCAGCAAAGCGCGCAAGACCCUUGCUGCCGCGCAGGCGGACGUUGGAGCUAAACUCAUAGGCUUGGCCACAGACGAGUCCGACAUGAACCUCGCAGCAGCAGAACGCAAGAUGGGGCGGGCGUACGAGCAGAUAAGCGGGAUGGCGGGGCAGCAGAUCACAAGCGACAAUGUCAUCUUGAACGACACGCUGGCGUACCAGUCGACGAAUGCGCGAGCAGCGCGCGAUGCCCUUGCGCAGCGCACGCAGAUCCUAGAGGACUCGCACAGUGCCACCAAGACGGCCAUCACGAAGCGCCGCAAUGUAGAGCGCAUGAAGGGCAGCUCGAAUAUCAACCCCCAAAAGGUCGACGAUGCCAUCGCUGAAAUGGAGGAGGCAAACGCGAUUGAGAGCCGUCUCACAAACAAUCUCAACGCAAUAUCGGCCCACCUCCACACUGCACUGCGCACACACUCGCGCAAUGCUCAUGAGGAUGUCGCCGUCGCCCUCCUCGAGCAUGCACGCAUGAACAUCAUCUUUAAUCGAUCCGUUCUUCGCGAGCUGGAAGCGCUCAAGCCGGAUCUGGCGCGUGUUACCGGUCCCGUUCUCGCGAACCCCGCUACGCCUACUACUCCCACGAGGACAGGCCCUCUGAUGUCCCCACCAGUGCACACUCCGACACAGGCUGCCUUUGCGCCCGCACCUCGGCAACCAGGCAUGUCCCAAUCCAUGUACCUUCCCCCGCCCGUGGAGCCUGGUCCGCGUUCCCAGUCCGCGGGCGUCCGCGCGGCCACUCCGUCUACCCCGUCUACUCCUGGCAACGUUGAUCCGCUCGGUGGCGCGCCGAUGGCGCAGAGUAUGUACGCUGCGCCUGGCCAUCGCCCGCCUCAAAGGCGGCAAGGACGAGCGCUCGACGAGCGCAAGGCGGCCAAGCUCUUGGCGGGCGGUUUCUAGCGGAGAGAGUGAGACUGUGCACGGUCCAGUCCGUUUGAGAGAAGUCAGCGACGAGAGCAGAGUACGCGUGUGUAGGAUGCAUGAUGCAUGGGGUUAUGAAGGAGAG